UGAGUGGAAAGCGGUUUGGAGAGAGGGGGGAAGAGACAGAAGGAGGGAGGGAUUAGUUAGUCACAUGUCCUCCAUGUUUCUUUAUCAUGAGGGGUGCAAGGGAUGUUCACUCUGUCUGGAUGGGCUGGUGAACCUGCUCUGCUCAAACCCUCAGCGUCUUUGGGCUACAAUAGAGAAAGCGAAAUUGCCCAGUUUGAUGUUGCUGUAGUUCAGGAGGAAGGAGUGGGUUAAAGGCUUGAUGUGUUUUUACUGGUGUGAGAGGUGCUGCACUUGCCAGUUUAAAGAGGAACCUGAGGACAGCAGGAGAUGAGGGACAUGAUGUGGAUUUAUGCCGCUAGUAUCCUCUUGUUGUCUGAAGUAUGGAGCAUGGAUCAAGGACCUAAUCAAAACUUCACCUCUGCGAACACCAGCACUUCUUAUCCUAAAGGUUUUGUGGUCAGACACUUAACUUUCAACCUGGGGAGCGAAGCUAACCUGACAUGCAGCAAUAAGACAUGGAAUGAGACGAUAUUUGUCACCUGGACUUUAACACUGAAAAAUAAGAAUAAAAUAUGUAGAAUAGCCUUUACCCCUGGAGACACAAGCGACUACUGCAAUGAUGGCAAAUCACUCCAAAACACAUCCAGAGGUCAGUCAUACCUGCAUAUCCCAAACUUCUCAAAUGAUGACGUGGGGGACUACAGGUGUGAGUCAGUUUACAAUGGAGGAGUCGACAUUCAUAUGAUACACGUGAAUAUCACAGUCCCUCCUACUGUAUCAAUGUGGCUGGAGCAUAAGUACAACAAGAUGGUGGCAGUGUGCAGAGCUGCAGGAGGAAAACCUGCUGCCAACAUCAGCUGGAGUCACGCAGGAAACUCAUUGUCUGUGGAAACUAACUCACAUGGAUUUUUAACAGUGGAAAGUCGCCUUGAGCUUCCUGAAGGAAUGGACACAGAAAACCUGAGCUGUGUUGUCAGGCACCAGUACUGGGAAGGAGAAAGGAUUGUAAAACUCCCAAAAGUUUAUGUGCCUCGGCUGUUCAUCAUUGGUGGUGUGGUGAUCAUCGUGUUGUUGGCAGGAGUUUUAUUUUUUAUACAACAGAAACUAAUAUUAUUGAGGCGAUGCAAGAAGUCCGUAACCUCACCAUCCAAACCUCCACCAACAGACGAUGUGGAGGAAGUAGAGCCCUACGCCAGCUAUGUUCAACGUGUGAACUCUAUCUAUAACUCCUCUGCAGAUUUGUUCACAUAAAAUCCUGCACAUGCAUCACAUGCACACUUUUAAAUGCACAUGUCUCUCUGAGAAAGUGCGAGGGCUGUGAAACUGAGAAGUGGUGAAAUAGUAAAGACAGAGGGGAAUGAGAUGAAAGACUUCCGAUAAGAGGGAAGCCUCUCAGUUUAAAUCUGCCUGAGCAAAACUCUCGCCUGAUGGAACAGGGGAUGUACCUGAUGGCACACACUGGCUCCAGUGCAUAGCACUGCAGCCCACUACUCCCUGUGUGGGUGUCAUGGAGAACUUUAAUAAUGACUACAGAUGCAAUGAUUGCUGGACUGGAAAGAACACCACCUUCAGCCAGGCACAACACUCCAAGACUACAGAACUUUUGAUGUGCUGCAAUUGUAUGAUUAUUGCUAUCAUUAAUAUUAUUAUAACACAUAUUUCUAGAUAAACUGUAAAGACAUGCUCACUGUUUAAUGGAUUCUUGCUGAAGUCAACGGAGUAAAUGUCCCAUGUGUAAAACUGCCUCAAGAUAAUGUAGACAAUAUUAUGUAAAAUAUUCAUGUCUCAAUGCAGAAGUGUGUGACUGAGUGUAUUAAACACACAUCUGAACACAUUGCUUUCCGUGUAGCUCUGCAAAAAUAAGAAGAGCACUAAAAAUAGUGCAAAAGAACAAGUGAACAAGGGUGUUGUUUUCAUCAGGCUGAAUUUUACAGUGCUGAUAACAAGUGCUGCAGUUAAAGUGUGACACACAGUCACACUGUUUUCCACUGUGGUUAAUAUCUAAAAAGAUUCCACGUCAAGAUGACUUUUACACCCUUUAUAGACAUGCUUGAACAUGAACUUUCUGUCACCCGACUGAUCAACACUGGGUGGGGCAUUUAUGAAAUGGAGGUUUUUGGGGGUUGUAAAUGUCUGUAAUUUUGUCAAAACUCCUCUGCUAUCUUUAUGUUUUUAUUGGGGUUGACAAAUGCACAUGUUCUAAAUACUGAAAAUGUCCCCCUCCUCCAACAUUUUCACUUUUGCGAUUAAUGAUUAUUAGCCGGGGCCAUCCAAAAAAAAAAAAAAAGUCUCUGAAUUUGGUGCAAUACUUUCAUUAUGAGUGUAAACCCAUUUCUAAAGAAACUGUUAGGAAGUGGAAACUGGAAAAAGAGGACUAUUCUGCCAUCUACUGGUGGACAUCAUCAUGAUCAUGCACUGUAUCACAGUUCAUUUUAAUUUCUUAAAAGUGCUAAUAAUCUCUGCAUUCAUGUAAAUUUGGAGUGCCACUUUUGUGCCUUUUCUGCAGUUUACAGUGGAAACGCUUUUAAUUGUGUCAAGAUAAAAAUCCUGGGCCCUAUACAUAAGCAGUCUUAGUGGGCUCACCAAAAUUUAAUUUAAUUAAAUUUAAUAUUAUUUUAUUUUAUCUUAUUCUAUUUUGUUUAUUCAUUCAAUUUUACAAAGUUAUUUUCUUUUCUUUUUUGGAACCCCUAUUUUCCUUUCUUUGGAAAAAACAUAUAAGGGGUGAGAGGGGCCUCAGGGAGCUUACUUUUUUAAAAAUUAUUUAUAAAGUUCAGUACUUAAACAGAUUUAUUCAGCCAAUGUUAAUUUCGUUCUGGCACUGAUUACUUAAAAAUAAAAAUUGCAAAGAAAACCGAACUUUUCUUGUUAGGCUC